GUAAGGAGUGGGAGGCAGAAAGCCUCGGAUAUAUUUACAAGAGAGAAAAGGGGACGAUAGUGUGCAUUUUGUGGGGGGGGGAUACAUGAUGAGAAACUAGAGGGCAUAUGGGAAGGACAUCAAAUUAGGACUUGAAGAGAAGAGAUGUGACAGCGGCAAGUGCAGAGUUCCUGAAGAAAUAAGUUUGUCUCAAUCUUUGAUUAGGAUCCAUCAUUUAAAAAAAAAAAAAAAAAAAAUUUGAGAAAGAGCAGGGAGCUGUUUUUUCUCCCCUCAGCUGCAACAAGAGACAAACCAGAAGAAAGUGAGACAGGUGUCGAGGCAGACAGGUGGACGCUCAGACAUGCUGGCCGUGUUUUUUCUUCUCUGCGUGCUCGACGGGGUCGGGGCAUCCGGGGCUAAUGAGCGCGUUCAGGACAGGCAGGGAGCAGCCGCUUCGCAGUGCCCAUUGGCAUGCCAGUGCGAACAAGACACCAUCUUCAUCAUGGUGGACUGCUCCGAGGCGGGACUAUCGUCUGUGCCGAGCGACAUCAGCCCUCUCACCACUUACUUGGAUCUAAGCAUGAAUAACAUCAGCGAGAUUGAGCCCAGAGCCUUCCACCGACUGCACCUGUUAACUGAACUGCGAAUCUCUGGCAAUCGGCUGAGGUAUAUUUCAGUCCACGCUCUCCAGGGUCUGCACAACCUUAAAGUUUUGAUGCUACAGAACAACCACAUUGAAAAACUUCCCGAUGAUGCUCCGUGGGACCUACCAAACUUGCUUUCACUGCGUCUGGACGCGAACCUUCUGUCUGAAGUUCCCGCUGGGGCAUUUCGAGGAGUGCGCUCUCUAAGACACCUGUGGCUGGAUGACAAUUCCCUGUCAGAAAUCCCAGUAACGGCCUUGGAUGCUCUACCAUCCCUUCAGGCCAUGACCCUGGCCCUCAACCAGAUCACGCAUAUUCCUGAUGAUGCAUUUGCCAACCUCUCUGCACUUGUUGUUCUGCAUCUCCAUAACAACCGAAUCCAGAUGAUGGGAAUGAGAUGUUUCCAAGGUUUACAUAGUCUGGAGACUCUGGAUUUAAAUUACAAUGAACUCCAGGAGUUCCCCGUGGCCAUCAGGACACUGAGUAAGCUUCAGGAGCUGGGCUUCCAUAACAACAAUAUCAAAGCCAUCCCCGAGAGGGCCUUUGUGGGAAACCCUCACCUCCAAACCAUCCAUUUUUACGAGAAUCCUAUCCAGUUUGUGGGAAAAUCCGCUUUCCAGUUCUUACCAAAGCUGCACACACUUUCCCUGAAUGGAGCCACCCUAAUUCAAAACUUUCCUGACCUGAAAGGAACAACCAGCCUGGAGGUUUUGACACUGACUCAGGCGGGUCUCUCCACUCUCCCUUUGGAUCUAUGUGAACAGCUGCCUCGUCUCAGAGUGUUGGAGCUGUCAUCCAACCAAAUAGAGCGCCUGCCAAGUUUUUACCACUGCUCUGCACUACAAGAAAUAGGGCUUCAGCAUAACCAAAUCACCAGGUUAGAGUCCAGUACCUUCCAGCAGCUUGCCUCGCUAAAAACACUGGAUUUGAGCUGGAACAAGAUCGACUGGAUUCAUGAAGAUGCCUUCGCCUCUUUACAUUCUUUAGUCAAAUUGGACCUGAGUGAAAACAGACUUAGCUCAGUGCCGUCUACAGGACUGGCAGGUCUCACCCAUCUUAAGCUCAGAGGAAACAUCAAAUUAUACCAUGCCUUCAGCCCUGAUCACUUCCCUCGUAUGAGGGUGAUUGAGAUGCCGUAUGCCUACCAGUGCUGCGUCUACGGUUCUUGUGAUGGCUACAAGACCAUCAGCCAAUGGGACACUGACGAUGACCUUCACAAGAGAACCGCUGCAAUUUAUCCACACCAACCUGACACACAAUAUGACCCUGACCUAGAGGAAUUCCAGCUAGAAAUAGAAGAGUCCAAACUUCAGGCCAGUGUCCAGUGCACUCCCACACCAGGUCCUUUCCGUCCCUGCGAUUCUCUGACGGGAAGCUGGUUGGUUCGUGUCGGCUUAUGGACCAUCUCCCUGGUGUCUCUGCUGGGGAACUCACUGCUGCUCCUUUCGCUCUUCAACUCGCCCUGCUCCCUGUCGCCACUACGAUUCACGGUGGCCUGCAUGGGCGCCGCUAAUCUUCUGACAGGUGUUUGUACGAGCACAUUGGCUCUUGUAGACGCUUUAACAGUGGGAGACUUUAGUCAACACGGCGCCCCCUGGCAAGGAGGCCUCGGAUGUCAGGUGACGGGAUGGGCAUGGGUGCUUGCUUCCGAGGCAAGCGUGUUGCUGCUGACGCUGGCGGCUGUGCAAUGCGGCGCAAGCGUGACAUGCGUCCGCAGCUACGGGAAAGCGCCGUCACUGAGAAGCGUGCGGAUAUUGGCACUUGUAUGUCUGACUCUGUCACUCAUCCUAGCUUGUUUCCCCUCGUUUGGAAUCGGGGAGUACGGAUCCUCACCUUUCUGUCUACCGACGCCUUUACCGCCUUCUGCCUCUCAGCAAGCAUCGUCUUUAAUCUUUCCCCUGGUGCUAAUCAUGAUGAACACCCUGUGCCUACUCGUAGUAACUUGUUCAUACAUCCGACUUUACUGGGAAUUACUUCGAGGAGAAUGCGAAGGCCUGUGGGACUGCGCUAUGAUCAAACACGUGGCCUGGCUGAUCUUCACAAACGGCCUCCUUUAUGUGCCGGUAGCUUUCUUCUCCAUCUGCUCGCUCCUGGGGCUCUUCUCUCUCGGAGAGGAGGCGCUCAAAUCAAUCAUUUUGCUUCUUCAGCCUCUACCCGCCUGCCUAAAUCCACUACUAUUCCUCCUUUUCACCCGACACCACUCCCAGUAUUUUUUUUGGUAUCGCCCAAAAGCGCCUCUUCAACUUCGCCGCGACCGUACCGUAGACUCGCUGGUUUCCGUGGAAACGGAAAAGAGCUCCUGCUCCGAAACAUCGACACAGCUUUCUCUCGCUGAUAUCGACAGCCUGUGCAGCGGGGACCCGAUUCGAUUGUCCCAGUGCUCCUCGACCUCCUCGGUUCCUCUGAUCUCUUGCCAGACACCUACUGUCAGAGCUAAAGAGCGACUGAGAGAACAAGGCAGCCUUGACCACAAAGCAUGUCUGAAGACUUUGAAUCGAGAUAUACGCAACAACUGCCCGAUGCAUCGCUCAACCAUAACGGACUCUGUUGCUCCGAAUCCGUAAAUGGGUCUGAGAAGUUGGGCAUUACGGACAUUCGGUGGUCAUCAUGAACAGUGGCAGUCAAACUAAUCCUGGGCCCAAGUCGACAAAGAACCGCUCAAUGAUACCGCAUGGAACAAAUGAGUAUUAUUGAGAACCGGUCGAGUGCCUCUAAACAGGGAAAGUUCCCGCCGCAAUAAGGAAUCCAAAUGCCAUUAUACAAACAAAAAGGACCAUUUUAGAAUCUAUUCAGUGGACUGCAUCAGUCACAGAUUUCUUAUCUUCAACAGAGAUCAUGUAAAAGCUGAAAUCCAUCCACUGAAAGUAAAACACCUUGGAGAACUUGGGGCUGGACUUUAAAUACACCAAGAACAGAGUUUUAUGUAUAAAUGUUAUAUCAAAAUGUGAUUUUUCACGUGUGGCUUCAAAGUUACACAUUGCUUGGUUACGGUGAACUAUUUGUGUCUAUUCCUACUUUCUGUUGACUUGACAAUGAAAGGAUUCAUUGUCAAGCUUGUCAGGUGAUUAACCAGAAUAAGCAAACAAAUUCAAAUGUGUGUAAGAAAUUCUUCUUGUUCUGUCUUAAACAUCAAAUAGAAACUUUGAUUGCGAUUAUCUGGAGACUUAAGGGUAGACCAACAGCGUGUACAGUUUAUGUCAUGUAACUACCUCCGAAUUAGGAUGUCAUUGACUAGGAAUGCAAAGAUAGCAGUAUUGGGUGACAGACAUUCUGGUGCAGGAAAAAUGAUACGACUGUCCCAGGUCUUGCCUAAUUUUUAUUUGUACUUGGUCUGAAAAAAAAGUGCUAUCAGUGCAUUCCUAGUAUCGACUAACUACCGCUUUUAAAUGUUUCUUUUUUUCCUAUGAUAAAACACCAAAUAUAUUAUUCUAUAUUUUAAGAGUCCUGUUUGUUUAAAACAAAACAUUGUUGCUAUAUAGGUUGUACAUACUAUUGUAUACAAGUUAGGUCUGAAUAAAAUGAUCCUUUUAUUCUGUACA